UAUGGGUACUGUUGAUGUAGACGAGGAAUGUUGUCCUAUAUUUGGGAGGUAGUUAGCUGAUCUCAGUGCAAAAAUGAAUUUAAGUCAGUUGAAAAACUCUUUAAUUAGGCGAAGCGGCCGGCAAAAUGUAAACAAAACUCCCGGGUGCUGUGAAGUGCAAGAAGAGGAUAAUGGCGAAUCACAGAUAUCUGCUCUAAAAUGUUCAAAGACUGACUCGUCUUUGAUAAAGGAGAGUGCGCGAUGUCAGUGCAAGAAUAAUACUUCAAACGAUAAGCCGAGUAUAUUGAAAAGCUUUAAGAAAAAAUUUCGCUUAAAGUCUAGUGUUGGAAGGACGGUGAAAAGUAAGCCUAAGCAAGCAGUUCGAGGCAUAGAUCCAUCUACACUCUAUGCUCGUAGUUUACACGAUUCUUCAACUAGUGAUGAGUGUGUGUCGGAUAAAGUGGACCCUCUGCGUGUUGUAGGAGAAUUGAAUCAUAUACAAGUAGUGACGAAUAAUGGAAUUCCACAGCAGUGCGAGUCGAGUGCCUCCCAGACGUCAACACAACAAGCUAGCCAGUGGGGAGGAAGUUCUGUUUGUCCCUUAGUCAAGAAACGUACAUCACAAGAGAACGAUGAUUGUUCAGCCGACGGAGAUGACCAUUCUGGAGGGUCGGGAACUGACACUGGACAACAGCAACAGCUUAUACUGAGAUUGAAGAAUGAGAAUGGUACUCAGAGCGAAACUGAAACGGAGAGUGAGAGCUUGGCUAGCCCUCGUAGUCUAACAGGUGAGCUGUUCGAGCUGGCAAAGUACGGCUGGUACUGGGGCCCAAUUACACGAGAAGAGGCAGAAGAAAAGCUAUUGGAUGCACCUGAUGGUUCGUUCCUUGUUAGAGAUUCGUCUGCAGAUCGCUACUUGCUAAGUGUCAGUUUCCGAAGCGCAGGCAAGACGUUUCAUGCCAGAAUUGAGCACAGCCAUGGAGUAUUUAGUUUCUACGCAAAUCCUGGACGUGAAGGGUUUCCAAGUAUCUCUGAACUAAUUGCACAUUCUAUGACUUAUUCAGAAUCAGCUGUUUUCUGUUAUUCUCGCCCUCGUGCUCCAGGAUACCCUGCAUUUCCUGUUCGCUUGGUGAAGCCUGUAUCUCGCUUCACGCAAGUACGAUCUCUUCAGUACCUCUGCAGGUUCGUUAUAAGACAGUACACCAGGGUUGACAAUAUACAGAAACUACCCCUGCCUAGGAGACUGUUAAGUUAUGUGCAGGAAGGACAUUAUUGACACCUGCUGACUUUGUGUCAUCUCUUUGGGGUUGAACUUUAUUAUGUGGUUGAUAGCACACCUGUAAUUUUUUUUGUGUUCCCAUUUUUAAUGACUGACUUUUGUACAGUUAUUGUUGUAUUGCAUGUUUUAUUUUCUUUUAAUGUCGAUGACUAAAGGCAAAAAUCAGACUAAAUUCCUGUGUAUAAAACAUUGCUGCAAUUGAAAAUUUUUAAUGCCCUGCUGACUUUGCAGCUGCUGGUGCAGUGGUAAUUUUUUUCAGAAAAUAAGUUACACAAAUUUUGUAGACAAUAGAAAAUAAAUGGGUGAAGCUUUAUUUCAUUCCUUGCAACAGACCAGUGAAAGAGUUUUCGUACAAUAAUGAAUUCACGAAUUCAGUGUGUGAAAAUUAUGCAAUGGAUAUUAAAUUUGUAUUUGUUAGUAGUUGCUGGAAGCUUGUGCUAGAGUUGGACUCCUUGCAGAUCUACAGCCAACACAGCUUACGUUUGCCUGUUUAAAUCCCAUGUCAUUGCGCUGCUUAAGUCACAGCAAAUUAAUUUUUCCUGUGAUGAGUUUAAUAUUUUCCAAGUAUUCUGCAUUUUCACAGGUGCAUUUUUUGUUUCUACAACAUUUCAGUUUAAACUGGUCUGUAAAUGUUGGUAACUAUACAUCUAGAGUCAUAGGAAAAUUGAAGCACAUUUAUGUUAUGGUGAUCAAACCAUAAAAAAUGUGUAAGUACUGGGUAAUGUGUUUCCUUCCAAAGCACAUUUUACUACACAGGAUCUAUCAGAAUCGUGUGAAAUAUAGUGAUUUCUGUAUACAAAGAUGUAUUUUAAAAUGGGGAAUUCUGUUCCUAUGUUUCUGACAUACCGAUAUUGCAAGCAAGAUAUUUGUAAACGUCAGUCAGACACAGUUAUAUAUGAAUAUUUGCAAAUAAUACCCAUCCUUCUAUCAUGACUUUAUUUAUAUCUGUUUUAUCAUUGGUUGCAGUAACAUCUACACUCAAGGAUGUUUGAGAGAGAAGUACGUGAGAAUAAUAUGAGCCCGUUAUAUGAUUUCAUGCAUUAUCUGUAAUGGGUUUGAUGUUUUACACGUGUAACUUUCUUUCACAGUAUAGGGUCCUUCGCAUGGUACAGGAAAUGAUUUGGCAAUUUCCCCUUUCCAGAUUUUUGUAUACAUAUCACUCAUAAUUCAGUUUAUAUUGAGUGACACUUUGGGCAUCACUUACUUUAAUACAGAUGUAGGCCCUGCUGUCAUGGAAUUAGGUGUUUUUCACUGUUUCACUCUUCUCCUCCCCUCCCCCCAAAAAAAGGGAAGGAUGGACGAAUAUUGGUUUGAAUUUGCAUUAUGACGGUUAGGUUGUGUGUGUAAUUUUAGAAGACCAGGACUGCCGGAUAGUAACUGAAGAUUAAAGAUAUUAUUAGUCUAGAAGUUUGUGCAGUGACUGUGUAAAGGAAGGAAUAGUGGAGGUUCAACAGAUUCAAAUUGUAUUCAUACUAAAGCUACAGUUAUUUACCAGUUUUUGUGCACACCCAAGCAUAGUUGGUGUUAUGUAUAAAUUAUGCCCCUAAUUUUGUGGAAUCUCCACCUUCCCCCCUCACGCCUCUACCCCUCCCCCCUUCUUACUCACACAUACAAAAUUUAAAAUGCUACACUAUUAAUUAAAAUCACAACCAAAUUGUGACACAUAGCUAUUCCCAAUUUGAUACCGACUUGUAGAUUCAAUUAGUGAAAUGCACAUCAAAAUGUUAUACUUUAUGUGAUAUGCUUAAUAAAUAAUGUAAUUUGUGAUAAGAAUUGUCCAUGAAAUUACAUUUUAAGUAAGAAAAUUGUGUAAUUUUUUGAUCUCACUUCUGUUACCAGAAAAGUUGAAUAAGUGAAAUAUUUGUCAGCUGUCUUUAUUAUCUGUUUAAGAAUUUAAACAGAUAUUUAUGUUCUAAUCAAGAGUGUUUUGAGAAAUUUAGUAUGUACCAUCCUUCCCUAUAUAUGCUACAGAACAUUGGAUUGUUGACAGCUGUGUAAGAAUAUGCAUAACAUUAAUAGAGAGAAAGUUCGCAGAUUUGUGAAAAUAAAGGAAGAAACACAAAUGCAUCAAAUUGCUUCUGUGUACUGGAACUGUGUUGCAUUAUUGUGUAAUACCAGUUGUGCCUGUGCCCAUAUAAGACUUUUAUUGUAUGAACAUAUAGUGUAGAGCGUGGUUUGUUACACUAUGACUGAAGUAGUCAGUUCUAUCACGUAUGCUGUUGAAGUAUUUUUGAUACUUUUAUGUUUUCAGAUUAAACAUAAGAAAUAAGAAAGCUUUGAGAAAAAACUUACAGUACCGUAAGUGAAUGCAGACUAUCAGAAAUAUUGGUUUCUUUUUCAUCAUUUGUGGUUAAUAUUGUUGACAAAAGAAUGGUUUUUAUGUGUGUAUGUCUGUGGUCGUAUAGAAAGAUCCCAUUACUUUGCUUGGUAAUGGAUAAUUUGGUUUUCUAAGUAUGCGGUCAGUGUGGGAUUAGUUUGACCAAACUGGAAACUUCAAGCUGAGUGUGAGACCAGAAGUAAAUGAUAAAUCUGACAGAACAGUUACAAACUAAAUGGUAAACAACGAAGCUUUUAUAUUUUAUUUACAAGUAGACAGAACAGCUUGGAACAAAACACAGUUCAGUGAACUGUGAAGACUUGUGUUAAUGUCUUAGGAAACAAUAUUCAGUGAAUAUUCUGGACAGUUAUGUAAGCUGUUGAUGUGCCUUUCUAUCUCUGGGAAAAAUCCCUUACUGUAAGCUGAGUGCUAGCUAGUUGUAUAUGAAUGUACAACUGCAUUGAUAGCUUUAAUCUCAACUAUCCCUCUGUUGUUUGUAGAUGUGAGAAGAAAAUUAUUUAUGAUUAGUAUCUAUUCCCUUGUUGACACACCAUGUCCUACAGUCUAACAUACCUGUGAUUUUCAGAAAUAAAAGAAAUUUCA